CUCCCGGAUACUGAUGGCGUGUACUAACAGAGUGAGACUCUUGCUACUGCUGUUCUGCAUUUCUGCACCACUGCAUCGAGCGGAGAAUGGCGAAGACGAGGUUCCAGUGCAAGAACAAGAACCAGAAGAAGAAAACGGGGCUUCAGACGAGGAAACUCAGGAAGAAACGAGCGAAAGCGACGUGCUAGACCUCACAAAGGACACUUUUGAUGGAACAAUCAAUGAAAAAGACAUCAUACUGGUGGAGUUUUAUGCACCAUGGUGUGGCCAUUGCAAGUCCCUCGCUCCAGAGUACGAGAAGGCUGCAACAGCAUUGAAACAAAACGACCCACCUGUGACUCUGGCAAAAGUAGAUGCAACAGUUGAGAGUGACUUGGCAUCUCGGUUUGAUGUGUCUGGCUACCCAACACUGAAGAUUUUUCGUAAAGGAGAAGCACUAGACUAUGAUGGUCCACGUGAUGCUGAAGGCAUCAUAAGCUUUAUGAAAGAGAGAGCUGAUCCCAACUGGAAACCUCCUCCAGAAGCAGUUGUCACACUUACAAAGUCUACUUUCAACGACCACAUAGACAAUGCUGACCUAACGUUAGUUGAAUUUUAUGCUCCAUGGUGCGGACACUGCAAACGUCUUGCUCCACAAUAUGAAAAAGCAGCUCAGCGACUGAAGAACGAAGACCCUCCAAUCACAUUAGCAAAAGUAGAUGCCACUGAGGAGACAGAGCUGGCACAACGGUUUGGAGUUUCAGGAUACCCAACACUGAAAAUGUUCAGAAAGGGCAAAGUGUUUGACUAUGAUGGACCAAGGGAAGAACACGGUAUUGUUGAUUAUAUGAUGAAGCAGUCUGGGCCUCCAAGCACAGAACUCUUUUCCAUUAAAGAUGUGGAAAAGCACGAAUAUUUUAACGAUGUCACUGUGUUGGGUGUGUUUGAUCCGAAUGAUCAGAAACCAUUUGAGCUGUUUAUGGAGGCUGCUCAUAAAGUGAGAGAUGAAUUUGUUGUUGCGCACACAUUUCUUGAGGAAGCAAGGACUAGGUAUGGAGGCGUGGGUGUCGCUUUAUUUCAGCCUGAAAAGUUUCUGUCAAAGUAUGAACCAAAGUUUCACUUUAAGAAGGAUUUUGAGAAGGCAGCUGAAGUGGAAGAAUUCCUUCGUGAUGCAUUUGUUCCAUUGGUUGGAGAAAUUACUCAAGAGACAAGAAGACAUUAUAAGAAACGUCCAUUACUUGUGGCUUACUACACAGUUGACUGGAGUUUUGAUAAUCGAGUUGCUACACAGUUUUGGAGAAAGAAAAUUUUGGAAGUUGCAAAGGAUUACCGGGACAUAACAUUUGCUAUUGCUGACGAGAACAUGUUUGGAGAUGAGCUUAAACAGUUAGGAUUAGAUGAUGCAGGUGGUGAUGUUGCCAUUGGUAUUUGGGGAGACAAGAAUGCUAGAUACAGAAUGGAAGAAGAUGAUCUCGAUGAAGAUACACUGAAGGACUUUGUUGAUGCAUUCAAGACUGGUGAACUGAAACCAAUUAUAAAAUCUCAACCAAUUCCAAAGAAAAAUUCAGGACCAGUGACAGUUGUCGUUGGUAAAACAUUUAAUGACAUUGUCAUGGAUCCCGAGAAAGAUGUGCUGAUUGAAUUCUAUGCACCUUGGUGUGGACACUGCAAGAGUCUUGAACCAAAAUACAAAGAACUCGGGAAAAAGUAUAAAGCAGAAAACAAUCUGGUCAUAGCAAAGAUGGAUGCAACUGCAAAUGAUGCCAUGCCAGGGUUUGAAGUUGAGGGUUUCCCGACAAUCUAUUUUGCUCCAAAAGGUGAGACAAAGGCACCUCAGAAGUAUGAAGGUGGUCGUGAAGUAGAUGACUUCGUAAAGUUCCUAGAAGAGAAUUCGCAAGUUCUGAAGGACAGGGGAAAGGAUGAGCUUUGAUAUCAACUAGAUGCUUAGUGGUGUUGUGCAAGCUGAUUAUGAAUACUUGGUCUGCUUCUACUUCUACUCUUUUCUCUUUCUAUUAGAUUGUGGUGUAAACUUUACAUCAUAUUUGCAUUCUCUACACAUGGAUCUACUGUAACAUCUUGAUUGUCACACUAAUAUAGAUCAUGUGAGUGAUGUUCUACAUUCUAA